AUGGAGAAUCUCGACUCAGGAGAUUCUGAUCACGUCAAUCAUGAAGCCGGUGUACAGGUUGUUAAACGUGCCUCCAGCUGCACUUUCUCAGGCUCCAACGGAGCUGCUGAGGCAUCCAAGUCGCAGUCAUCAUGCGCUACUACGGUCCUGUCCAACGUUGCCGUCCCUUCAGGCACUACGCUGGAUCUCUCUAGCCUGGCUGACGGCACCACUGUCAUCUUCGAGGGUACCACGAGUUGGGGCUGCAAGGAGUGGAAGGGUCCCCUUCUUGACAUUCGCGGAAAUAAAAUCACUGUCAAGGGCGCUGCGGGAUCUGUUCUCAAUGGUGACGGAGCUCGUUGGUGGGAUGGUGAGGGCGGUAACGGCGGAAAGAUCAAGCCCAAGUUCUUCUCCGCGCACACACUAACCGACUCCUCCAUCACCGGCAUUACCAUCAAGAACCCUCCCGUCCAGGUCGUCAGUAUCAAUGGAUGUGAUGGUCUUACCAUUACGGACAUGACUAUCGAUGCCUCUGAGGGUGACGAAGACGAGCAGGGCCACAACACAGAUGGUUUUGAUAUUGGCUCAAGCAGCAAUGUCGUCAUCGAUGGUGCUGUGAAGGUCGUCCGAAGAUGA